AUGGAUUUCCUCGAGGGUCUAAGUUUUAUUCACCAUUCGAAGCUGCACUAUCAUGGUAGACUGAGUAUCUUCAGUUGUUGGAUUGAUAAGAAUUUUACCCUCAAGCUCAUGAAUCUGGCUACCGAUCGGAUCCUUGACCAGAUGGACAACAUUGUCACUGUUGGUAACGAAUAUAACGGUAUACAAUCAGUUUGGGAGGAAUAUUUUUGGUUCGUCCCGGAGCAAAACGAAAUCGACCAGUGGGAUCGCGCUGCAAAGUCCAUGCAAGCGGUCGAUAUAUUUUCUGCUGGAUUGGUUCUGUACGAUAUAUUAACGGGAGGAUGUCUAUACAAAAAGAUGCAGGAUACAUUUGACCCGGCAACCUUUUUUAAUAAAGAUGACUGCCACGAUAAUCCACUCACAGCAGCUGUAGAUUACAUGCACGUCGCCGAGUUGGCCACUGUUAUCCACAGUUGCCUAAGCAAUGCUCCCGAGAACCGCCCGAACGUCAAGCAACUCUGCGCGCAACUGAAAGAGCUUUCGCCACUGCUGGCACCCGAACUGAACCAGGAUAAAUUGUUCGAUAAAGUCUAUAGGCGAUUCUGCCUGUAUUCGAACCGGUUGGAGCGUGAGGUCGCCGCACGCUCAAAAGAACUGAGGGAAGCUCGAAGGCGUUGUGACGCACUCGUCCGGCAAUUCCUACCAAGAGAAAUUGUCGACAAGCUGCGUAACGGCCAGUUUGUCGAGCCGGAACUGUUCGAUUGCGUCACCAUUAUGUUCACCCAGAUCAACGAACUGAUCAAUUUUGCGCGUGCGGCCUCUCCGGAGGAAGUGAUCGCGUUGGUUUCGAAGACAGAGGAUUUUUUGGAUCUGCUGUCUACGACAUUCAACGUUUACAAGGUGGAGGCUGUCAUGGAUUCAUUUUUGGUAGCAAGUGGACUGCCGAAUCGCAUUGGCGCAGAACAUGUCCGGCGAGUGGCGAACUUUGCUCUACGAGUGUUGGAGCUUGAGCCAAUGCUGGAAUUGCCGCAGCAACUGAGCAUCAAGACAGGAAUGCAUUCAGGGCCGUGUGCAGCCGGAGUCAUCGGUGUUCGGCGGCCCCGUUACUGCAUAUUUGGUGACACUAUUAACGUCGCGUCGCGAAUGUGCAGCCAAGGGAUGCCGGGACGAAUACAUCUCAGUCAUAAUUCCGCACUCCUUUUGAAAGAAUUCGAAGAGUAUGACUAUAUUGUGGUGCUUCGAGGAUUGUUGAAAGUGAAAGGGAGAGGAGACAUGACCACCUACUGGCUAUUCAGCAAGACAUUUACACCGGCACUGACAACACCCACACGAACUAAAACUAUGUAG